GUUGUGUGUGAAAUUUAUUGAUUAUUAUAGUCAUAUUUAGGACCAGCUGGCCAGUCUGCGCUCCACAAAUUAACUUUACCAACAUGAACCAUCAACAACUCUCCGAAAAUCAGGCUCAUUGUUGCAGUUCAACAACGGCGAGAACAUCGAGCAACAGGAUGAAUACAGCGAUAUUAAACAAUUCAUUUAAGUACGUGGUUAUGGACUUUGAGUUUACGGUGUUAGAAAAAAACAAACACGUUUUAAUCUGCGGGGCCAUGUCCAAUAGUUUAGACUGUUUUAAACUAGUUAAACUAGAGGGGCGGCCUUUGUUAUUAACUGACAAAAUAAUCCGUCCCAUUAUUGACCGAGAACAAUCUUGGGCUGUGAAGAGAAUAAUGAAGAUUUUUGGAUGGCCAUCGGCAAAAGCUGAGAUCUUCUUGUCGCAAAUAUAUGACAAAAUAUCGAUAGGCUCGGUCAAUAAGAAUGGCCGAAUGUUAAACUUACUAGAAACGCACGACCUAUGUUGUAAAACUGACCACAAAAUCACACAUGUUCAUGAUCCUUCCGCUGACGUAAUACUAACUAAAUAUCUUUUUCACAAACUUAUCAGAAAAAUUUCUUACACUAACUUAAUAAACGAAUUACCAUAA